GUAGUGGUGGUGGUGGUGCUGGCGAGAGCGAGUGAGGCUGGCUGGGUGGUGGCGGUGGCGGAGUAGCGUGAGUCGUGGUCCAACCAGCCAGUAGGCAACAUGACUCAGUGACGCCUCCCUACCUCACUCUACCUCUCACCCGGACUAACCUUCCCUCCGCCACCCUAGCUAGUGUUUAGUGUCCCUCGCGCGAGUGUGUGUCUCUCGGAGUGUGUACAGUGUCACCACAUCGCCCAGGAUCCCUCGCUCCCAAACAGAGGGGAGACACCUUAACCGUAGCUCACCUCCACCACUGCUACCACAAAAAUGCAGGUGGAAAAGCUCGUUUCGAAAGCUUCAAACAGGGGGACCGGAAGCCAUUUAUCUCGCCUGACACGCCCCGGCUCCCACUCUUUACUUCACCUGGCGGGGCAAGCAACAAGGAGAAUCUGCGGGGACAACCUGGACAGCCUGCGAUCUAGCAGUAUGUGGGACAGUUACAACAAGUCAUCCAGAAACGGAACAUCAGCACGAAUGUUGUCUCCCUCCAUCUCUCCGGCCACUUCUCCGACUCUCACACACAGCGGGUCACCUACGCCGCCCCUGUACCCCUCACAACCCAAGAUCUCGGGUAUUCCCACCGUCGCCGCCGCCUCCAGAUUCACAGCGCCCGUUCACAUUGACGUCGGCGGAUCAAUCUACACAUCCUCUCUGGAGACACUGACGAGGUACCCAGAGAGCAGACUAGCGCGGCUUUUCAACGGGUCCAUCCCCAUCGUACUGGACUCCCUCAAGCAGCACUACUUCAUUGACCGGGACGGCAAAAUGUUCCGCCACAUCCUCAACUACAUGAGGCACGGGAGGAUGCUGCUGCCAGACGACUUCUCGGACCUCGAUCUGCUGUUGGAGGAGGCGAGAUACUUCGAGAUCGAGGGACUGGUGAAGCAAGUAGAGGAGAUGAAGAAAGCUCGAAUGGAGAACAGAAAGAAUUCCACCUACUCGUCCUCGUCCUCGUCGGCAUUCCAGUCCUCCACCAACUCCUCGUCAAUCAGACAAAAGCCGCUCGUCAACGGCAUCAAGAAGGAGGACGAGGGGCACGGAUACGACGUGAUUGCCCUAAACAUCUGCCCAGACCUCGGCGAGCGCGUCAUGCUGUCAGGGGAGCGAUGCGUCAUAGAGGAACUGUUCCCUGAGGUGGCGCAGGCAAUGAUGGACGCUCGCUCUUCUCUAGCUUGGAACCACGACCACCGCUUCAUCAUCAGGUUCCCACUGAACGGUUACUGCAAGCUCACGUCCAUGCAGGCCAUACAGAGGCUCCUCAACGCUUGUUUCACCCUCGUCACCAGCAAUGGAGGCGGGGUGGAGGGACAACAGUUUUCGGAGUACCUCUUCUGCAGGAGGUCCUUGCCCCUGUGAUCAGCCAAUUGCAAGAGCCCUGGUGCCACGGGGCUAAUUUAUACAAACUUACAUAGACUCUUCUCAUGUUGAACGGAGGGAAAAGUAAUAAGAAGGAAGGAAAAUGGAGAUGGGAUUGACUAAUUGGUUGGAGUAAUUGGUUGCUUAUAUGUGAAUGUAUGUGUGUGCGUGUGUGUGUGUGUGUGUGUGUCGUCUUCGGCUCCACACAAUCAUAUGAGUCGAAGUUAUGACGAUAAAAUUCAGUGAAAACAGUGGAAUAAACACUAUAUAUUUAGAUCGUCAUGUCCAAUUCCGCACACUGAAGUGCAAAUAGAUUUUUUUUCCCUCAUAUAUAAGAAUCUUGAGCAGGAUGAUGGACAGUGAACGAGGAGAUAAAAAAAAAAAAACGAAUAAAAAAAAAAGGUUAUAUAUACUCAAUGGCUGGUGAGAGUCGAGAUGCUUACGAGAGGAGGGUUUGAUACAAAGAGAUAUUAAUAUAUGUUUCUAUGACACUUUUACAGAUGAGAGAUUAGUAUUCGUACAGAUUAUAAUGAUGUUUUAGUCUGUUUCUUUACUCUGUUGACUUAGUGAGGUGAAGGUCGCCCGGGGUGACGGAGAGUCGGGGAGAAAGAGGAGAAUAAGAGAGAGAGAGAGAGAGAGAGAGAGAGAGAGAGAGAGAGAGAGAGAGAGAGAGAGAGAGAGAGAGAGAGAGAGAGAGAGAGAGAGAGAGAGAGAGAUUGAGACUUGUUGAUGCUGGUGAGUGUCUAGAUGAUGUUGGUGAUUGUGAGAUGAUGGUGUACUCGUAUAUCGAUCAUCGUCUUGACCGCCGGGUUUCAACGUGGAUUCUUCUGUGCCAUGCUUCGUACUCACAGUUGGGGCAAGAGACAAGACAUCCCCCUGCAGCACCUCUCAAUGACUGACCCAAUUCACUUCCCCACUACACACCUAGUAACGAUCAAUCUUUAGCAAUACACACGAGUAUGCAGCUCUGAAAUUUCAUCUGAUCGUGAUUCACCGUAUUCGUUUUUUUGUUUUUUGUUUUUGUUUUUUUCGAUCUCAAGUCUAAUGUUCCGUGAUGGUGAUGUAAUUUUUUUUCUCUUUAAUUCAAGGUCCCAUUCCUUCCUCAGUUGCCAUUCCCCUUGAGCACAGUCUCCACAGGGCUGUCUGCAGAAGCCUGUGCAUUGAGUAGGACUGCAGGGGGCGUGCCGCAAGGCUCUCGAAUUCGCACCGACAGUGUUCUGCCAAGUGAAUCAGGAUAACAGCAUACUUUAAGGGAUAUUUGUAAAGAAAUGAUAUUAGUUUAGCGUUUAGGGACGUUCAGGAGGACGGAAGGUGCUGAGUUGGGAGAGGACAUGACCACGCCCCGCUGCACUGAUACAAUCAACAAUAUGGUAAUUUCAUGUAUGAAAAAAAAAAAAAAAAACUUGCUGAACGCUAUAAUCAAGAUCUCGGUUUAUUUGCACCUUCGCGUGUAAGUGAUCUCACCGAUAACGGUACUUCCCUCGCAACAAAGCUCUACCUUAUUGGAGUCACCUUCGCAGCGCCAGGCCAGCAGGUGUGCAGGUGUGCGUGUCCUCCCGUAAAACGUGGUGGCACAAAAACCGCCGCGCACUGAGGCACCGGGGCGCGUCCCUCACGGUGGCCUUGUUCCCUCCCAGCUCGGCCGACUCUCUCCCAGCAGCGAUCCUUAAAGAGAAGUUUUAUUGUGCCAUACUUAACAGGAGGCUGACCGGGUGCGGGCGGGUCAGCCACCCACUAGUUGUUUUGUACCGUCGAGAUGAAUAUUUCUAAGGAGUGGGGCGGGACGGGGCGGGGCGGAGGCAUCAUCGCCCGCUUCCUGGAGGAGGUGGUGCGCAGGCCUCCCCCCCACCCCUCGCCUCGAGGUGGUGUUCCAGAGGGCGUCACCUUUGAUCAUUACUUUUAUUAUCGUUAUCAUCGUCUCGUCAACUGGCUUAACCCGGCCCGAGUGUCCAUCUCACCUGCCGCCGGUGACCCCGUGACCCGCGACCCUCGGAGGUCUGGGCAGGGCGCAGUACAAACAAAGGUCAAAGACGCCCCGUGAACUAAUGUACAUAAUGAUAAUGAUUAUAAUAAUAUUGGUGUCGCUUUGGUUGUAAGAAACAAAGCGGGAGGAGAGAAUUCUCUGCCGUCGCUUGUGUAAGCCCUGUCACGCCCGUCCCUCUCGCCUCCACCCGAGUAUUCCCCACACUCACACUGCUCAUGCCUCCACAGCUUUCUUGUUUCAUCAUCGGGCGCAGAGAAAUAAUCAACAAACAACAAAUUAUUUUCACUCUAACGCCUAUAAACAUACUAAGGCAUUGUUUAUAAGUACAUUUGUCAUUGCUGUUUUUUCUCAAUCUUCGGAGGAAGAUAAGGAGUCGUGGUGGAAGUGCGAGGAAGGGAUAGUGGGCGUGGCGUGUGGUGGGCGUGGACUUGAGGGCUCCCCACUGCCGUGUUUCCUGCAGCCCGGCACCGCCUAGCGUCCCCUGACACCCUAGAGCCGCCAAGGUCAUGCCGCACCCUCAGUGCAUCCUCUUUACAGCCACACAAACAAAUGAACACGCGAUGAGUUAAUUUUUUUUUUUUCUUUUUGUCAUCACUUUCACUUUUCACUUAUUGAGAUGAUCUGUGCAUCGAUUCCUUCUUUGCCCCUUCUGUUCUGGUUCCUUCACUCACUCCGCGAUGGUGGCUUUACUUUAACCUUCAAUGAUUCAAAGCAAUGAAUUUUCCAGCGAUGUAAGCUUUUCAUCACCGUCAAUGACCAAACCAUUGUAGAUGGCGAGUAUUCACAUUUUAAUUUCAGCACUUGAUUCAGUGCAAUUUUCCCUUCAUUGCUAUCAUAUCCUUGUCAUAAACAACUAAAUUACUAAACAAUUAAGACUACGAGCGUUAGCAUUUUUCAUAAUAACAACUAAAUGACCAAGUUUGUUUUUUUUCUGAUAACUUUCGAUAGUGAAGAGGCGAUGCGGCAGACACUUGGCAUGCUUCAGAGUGGCGGCGGAGAGGCAAUAACUGUUUCCUACGAUAUGUAAGUAAGAACCAGGGCCAAGCGAGCAUCCUUGUGGGGACGCCGCCGUCAGUAUGUGAGGACAGGGCGCCUGAAGGUGGAGGGACGAAGGGCAGAAUUGCAGAGCGUGACGGUAGUUUCAGCAGUUACGACUCAGUUAUUACUUUUAUAGAUCCACUCUCUUCUUUUAUCCAUUCACUAAUUAAUGCAUAAUUCACUUUUCUUUUGCUUAGUUAAUAAAUCUGUUAUUUUUCCUUCAUUCCUAAAUACACAACUAUUUUGUUUUCUGAACAGAUGCCAAGUUUUUUUUGUUUUAAGUCCUGCUUUAAGGUCACGUAUAACACAAUUUCUUUUUCCCAAAUAACUGCACUAUGUGUCAUUUAAAUGUCAGGAGAGAGAAAGAAAUUAUCUCUCUCUCUCUCUCUCUCUACAAAAGGUCAUGAAGCUAAAAUUUCACGAUUUUUUAAAGUCUAGAAACGGAGAAUUUCUCUCCAUUCUCUUCUACUUUUCUCUGACAAUAUCGAAAACUCUUAGAAUUCCUCCCAAUUUUCGACUUCUAUGCACGAAUUAGAAGUAGGUGACGAUGACAAGAGAAGAACGCCUCGGCUCCCUCCUUCCCUCCACCCUCGUCGUCCCUUCCGCUGCUUGGCACGUCGUCACACUUGCCCACGUGGCGACGAGAGACUAACGCUGCCCCUCACCUUUGACGAUAGUGUGUCGGUAGCGAAAACAGCAACACAAGAAGCAGCGUCGCAUUACUGACGGACGAACUGACCAGAGGACUUUUUGGCAAGUUUGUCGGAUGAAUCAACAUGGUGCCAUAAGGUAGUAGACAAACUAACAGUCCUGAUUGACCCAGAACACGUGACAUCUAUGUUCGACACACAGACACACACACACACACACACACACACACACACACACACACACACACACACACACACACACACACACACAGAACGGUCGUAACACAACAUAAUGCAGCACGUGUUGUUGGUGACGAGGUUCUUUUUUUUUUCAUAUUAUACUGAAACCGCGUGGAGGUGAUUCGGCUUAAGCCAGUUUACCCGUGAGGAGACGCGAGAUGGACCUUUCUACCGCCUCUACGGAAGGCCUUUAAUAAAAGCAUAAUUUUCACUUUUACGACCUGGUGUUCCAUGUCCCUGUCCUCGGUCAAUCGAAGUGCAAGGAACGGUUCUCCUUGCUUUCUGUGAUACGUGUGUAUAUUUUAUACUAACCAGUCAAAAUUCUCAUUAGAUAUAAAGAGAAUAACGUCAUUUUAUCUCAGAGGUGAAGUGUUCCACUCAUCUUCAGGAAUAGAAUAAAUUUAUGUCAAACAGA